UGUUCAUUGCUGCUAUGCUGCUAGGCAAAACUUGAUGGAUAUUGGGGUCAAAUAGGGCUGGGCCUUGAUUCACCCUUCUAUUCAUGGCUACUACUAGGAGGAAUGGGACCGGAGUCGUGGGGUUGGAGUUUAUCGGUCGGUCGGUCGGUUCAGCAUGUCUUCUUUCUGUUUGUUUAUUGCAGCAGACCAGACGACUCAAGAAAGGGAAAGAUACCACGCGAUGGCGGUUAUUUGCCUGUUUAUUGGUCUUAUUCCUCCGUUAUGUCCUUGUUCUCUUUAUUUCCUUUUCCGUGUCUGUUUACGUUGCUUGGUCUUGUCUUGCGUUGUUGAAGCUCUCUUGACUCAACAUCGCAAAUGUUAAGCUGAAGAAGGAUAGCUGCUUGUGGUUGGAUUGCGCAUGCUUGGUAAGAUGGCAAAGAGAGAGUGAGGUGUAUAUGGGUAACGGGAUGGUUAGAUAUUGGUUCAUGAAAUGCGCCUGA